AUGGAUGAUGUCGCUGAGUUCGAACGCGCUGUUCUUGUUGCAUUCCAAUACGCUACGGCCGAUAUUAAUGAUCAGCAGGCACAGACAAUCAAGUUGCAGGCUGAGAGCUUUUGUACUGCAGUCAAGAUCCAAGUGGACGGUUGGCAGGCCGAGCUGCAGCUUUUCAAACGCUCAGAGCACGAACAGGUCAAGUUUUACGCACUUCAGGCACUUCAGGAAGCUCUGGUCAAUGGAGUAGAUGAUAGUGUGGCUGUGGCUGUACGGGUGGAGCUAUUGGCUUGGCUACAGAGUCAUGUGAAUUACAUGGAAAGUAAAGCACCUUAUCUCAAAACCAAGCUAGCAGUUGUGAUCACUCGACUGAUCAAAAGAGAUUACCCGGACCGUUGGCCAACAGCUUUUAUGGAGCUAUUGGAACUGCUGCCGCAAGGUGCAUCUAUUGUGGAGAUGUACUUUCGCAUUUUGCUGGCUAUCAACGAGGAGAUUGUCGAGUUUGACGCACAGAGGACACAACAGGAAGCUGCACACAAUAUGAAGAUUAAGGACGCUAUGCGCGAAGGAUCGUGUAUGCGAGAAAGCUUUGACGCCAUUGCACGUGUGUUGGUAAAUGCUGAUGCCAGUGAUGUUAUGCGCCAGUUGAGUGCUAGUGCUCUCGAGACGCUUAAACGAUACAUCAGUUGGGUAGAUAUCGGCCUUGUCGUAAACGAUACGCUCUGGCCUUUAUUGAUUAAGCUGCUGCGUGAGAGUGAGACGUUUCGCUGCCAAGCGGCCAACUGUGUAUUUGAGGUGAUUGACAAGGGUAUGACGCCGGAGAAGAAAUUGGCGAUGCUACAGCAGUUACAGUUUCUCGAGAUGCUGGCGGCACUGCCAAUUCGUGAGGAUGACGAAUUUGCGGAAGAAAUUGGAGAAGUGAUUAAUAUUGUUGGCUUGGAGCUCGUGACUUGCAUGGACGCCUUUCGCCAUACAAACAGGGCCGACUUGCUACAGGCUAGCGCUACUCUACUUUGUCAACUCAUGCCACUCGUAUGGGAACUUUUCGCGCAUGAGUCAAAAGAUGUAUCUGAAGAAGUUUUUGAGAUCGUAAAUGCGGUGGGAGGCCCGUUGCUUCGAACAGAGACGCAGGCGGCUGACAAGUUUCAGAGCGAGGCAGAAGUAUUCCGACCCUCGGAGUAUAUUCCACAGAUUUUGCACGGUAUUUAUCGCCAAACUCGAUUCCCUAAGGACUCUGACUCGGAUGCUGCGGAGUUUGAAGAAUACCGACGCAGUCUGUACACCAUAUUUCUCAAUAUUGUUCGCCAGCGACCGCAUGACACGCUUGCCUUUCUCACGAACUUGGCUCAGAGUCUACCGGGACAAUUUACUGAGAUUGACCCGCGUGAUCUAGAGAGUUUCCUGUCACUUGUGUACCGAUUCAAGGAAGGACUUGCGCCCCUGAAGGCCGUGGCUAUCCCAUUCUACGAGCCCACGAGCGGACUAACUCUCAUGAUCGUGCAAAUACACAGCAGUAUGCUUUCAGCGUCCAGUAGUGCCGCACCGCUGCACCCGUCUGUACUGCUUUCAUACUACGACCUAGCUGUGCGGUAUAGUAAAGUGCUGCAGAGCGAAUCAGUGCUGAUUCCUGCAGUACUGGAGAUGAUGUUUGGCGCACACGGACUUGCUCACCCGACUACUCGUGUCCGCUCUCGCGUGUGCUACCUGUGUCUGCGCCUUGUGAAGGCUAUUGGCGCCGCAGUUAAUCCUCAUGCAUCCAGCAUUCUGACCGCGCUGCAGCCGCGCCUCGCGAUUGACAGCGAGCGUGAAGAGCUUGCUAGCCAGCACAAUCCAACCUAUUUAGCCUACGAUGACCAGUUGUACCUGUUCGAACUCGCCGGUCAGAUUAUCGCUUCACUCGUGUCCCCAGCACAGGAGAUGGGCAUGAACGCAAAGCAGCUUCGAUACCGGUACACGGUUGCCGUGUUGGACCCUUUGCUACGGGUAUUGAAUACGACUUUAAAUGAGCUGGCAAAGGGUACACUGACUGAUGAAGAAUACGUUACUGAGACUUGCGCUUCACACAUUAACGCUAUUGCUCAUGUGCUUAAGGCGUUCAAGGGCACAGACUGCAUGGAGAAUCAACAGGAAACGUUUACACAGGUGCUUACAGCCUCAGCGUUUGUACUGCGCUUGCUCUCCCGUUCUCCUCGGGUUCGGUCAAAGGUGAUUUUCUUGCUACACCGCUUGACUACUGUGCUGGACCGUGAGCAUUUCUUAAGCAACGUGCAGGAAACACUGCAGACGCUUAUGAUGGGCUGUGAGCAGCCUGAGGUUGUUGAGAUCGUGCAGCUUAUUGACCAACUUAUUAUCAAGCACAAGCAAGCUCUAGGCACAUUCUUGGACAAAACGACACUGCCAUUUGUGCAGCACUUGUGCGCGUUGAUGCCGGAACGCAGCGCUCUCGCCCAUGAUGAGACUAAGGACGCCCCACAGCUCGAACGCGAAGCUACGCAGAAAUACCUAUACACAUUCCUGCUGCACCUGGUUACGCACGGCUUGGACGCCGUGCUGAUCAGCGCACAAAAUGUCGCGCAGCUGGAGAACAUGUUGCGUCUUGUACUGGAGGGUUGUGCAGACGUUCAAGAUGCCAAUAUCAACCGUGCAUGCUUUUCGAUUGGCAGCAUGCUGGUUGAGCGCUGGAUUGGCGGAAACGCCUUUUCUCCGGCAAGCAAGGCGUCGGGUGCAGAGACUGCAGCCACUUCGGCAGCAUCUGUGGCUCUGCGUACUGAAGUCCACGCCGAGCUAUCGACCGAGGGCAAGAAUCGGUUCACGCAGAUUGCAGUGCAGGACUUUACGCGUGCCAUGUUUACCGUAACCAAGCUGCGUCAUUUCGACCUAGAUGAUAUGCAGACGAUGCUGGUUGUCAAGGAGAUUGUGAAUAUGCAGGCAGUGCUGGUGGCGUCUCUGGGUGUCGAGUACCUGACUUAUAUGUGUGACGUAUUCCUGCCGUCGCUGGGCUGUCCGACCGAACUGGCAGGUACAUACGCGGAGCAGGUUGCCACAGGAGACCGCAAAAAGAUUCAAGCAGCGUACAAGGUUUUGGUGAGCCAGAUGAAGUAG